AUGUGUCGUCCUGUGAGUAAAAUCGAUCGAUCCACGCUGAAAUCCACGAAGCUCCAAACAACCAUUUUUAUCAUGACCGCUGUACAUUUCACGAAACCCCCCGGGAUAAAAUCACGUUCGAAAAUUCCUCGAAGGAACCGUGAUUGUUACUACGCCCUUUCUGAGGGGUGGCGCGACCAAUCACCUAAUCUCGAAAAGAUCAGAACACGGCGCAACGCAACUCGAGGACGAACCAAUUUCUGUGGUGCUGCAGUGUGUCUCCGCCCUCUUGAACAAGGUUUGGACGCAGCUCUUCUUGUGGUUUACUGGGUUCAUUUGGAUCCACUGUUAGAAGUCCAAACGACUGUCUAUAAAGCUCCCCAACCUCAUAUGGAACAAACGUUUAUAUGGCUUCGUUCCCAACAACAAAUCCUGAAACGAAUUGCUCAGAAGACUUCAAGCGGUGCUACCUUGUUGAGCCGAAUCAGUCGACAGAAACAACAAAAGAGAACCCAGAGACAUUCUAACUGGGAAAAUCCAAGUGCGUGGUUCAAACUCGUAACAUAUGACGUGGCCAGCUCCAAGACGCCGAGAAAUCACGUGAUUAAUGAUCUCCAGCUGAUUUGCACAUCGCAAUUUUUAGCUAUUCCUGUGACCAAUCAUGGAAUUGUCCUGCUCCCCCUAUUUUAUAUACCCAAAGUUGAAAACUAUCACCUGGAAAAGUCCAUCGCUCAUUCCCGCAAUCCAGCCACCUCUCCCACCACUCCCGUUGCAGAACAUUAG